UUUUAAUAUAGCGAUCAAGCCCGACAGAACCACAGAUCAACAGAAGAAAUCUUGUUGAACGGAUCACCAAGAGCUGAGCUCUCCAGAGCUUUGACACCGGCUUCACCCCAGACCUCUCGAAAUAUGCCUUUGACAAGAAUGCGUAUGAGACCCUGGCUGGAAUUACAGAUAAAUUCCAAUGCAAUUCCUGGGUUAAUUUGGAUAAACAAGGAAAGAAAGAUGUUCCAAAUUCCGUGGAAGCAUGCUGCCAGACAUGGAUGGAACAUGGACACAGAUGCAAGCCUUUUCAGAAACUGGGCUAUACAUACAGGAAGGUUUAGACAAGGAAUAGAUUCACCAGAGCCUAAAACAUGGAAAGCCAAUUUCCGAUGUGCCAUGAACUCACUGCCUGAUAUAGAGGAAGUGAAGGAUAAGAGUGUUAAUAAAGGCUCCAGUGCUAUUCGAGUAUACAGAAUGCUACCACCUGUUGACAGGUCAAAGCAAAAAGAAAAGAAAUCCAGGUCAUCCAAAGAUUCUAAAAGCAAGAGUAAAAAAAAGGAGUUCAAGUCAAAGGUCAAGUUAGAAGUGACAGAGCCUGUUACGCCUAAACUACCAGUUGAUCACACCACAUAUACUGCACCAGAGCAAUGUACUUCACAGGAAAUGGUGGUUGACAGCACAGUGAAUAUAGGAGAGUUUUCUCCAUCGGAAACAUGCCCUGUUGUUGAUUGGCCUAUCAAUGAAAUAGUCGGAGAAUCUGAAGAUCAGGUAGUCAGCACAUGUGACCUGUAUCCAUUUCAGAUCUCUCCCCUGCCCUCUCCUACAGCAACCAGUGCAGCUGACAGCUUUCUGACAUCGGAUGAAGCUUCUGAAAUCACACAAGAACCCAGUCAGUGGGAGCACAGUAGCAUUGAAGGAAAAGGAUACCUCAGUAAUGUAAUAGGAACAAUGCCACUAACUCCCUUUGAGAAUAACCUUAACACGAAUGAACAAGAAACAAUCUCCCAUUUGACAUUCCAUGAUGGCAGUUGGUCAGAUUCAACAGGGAAUAGCAUGACAUGGUCAUACUCAUAGAAUCAUACUUUACAGACCAUGUCCCAGACACCACCAUCGCUAUCUCUGCAUUUGUCUUAUCCUAGUGGCAGGACAGACCCCACCAGAAGUGGCAGCACAGUGGUAUACAGUCUGGAAUGAAUUGAACUGAGAGUCAUCAAUGUUGACACCGGACAUUACGAACUGUCAAGGAAUAGGAUCAACCAUGGGCAAGGAGAACUCUUACUGGUUACUACAUACUGCCCAUCCUUGGCUGAUGAAUGCCACGUGAAGGAAGCAUUAAGGAUUGCAAAGUUGCAGAGUGUACUUUAGGUGGGAGACUUUAAUGUCCAUCCCUAUGAGUGACUUGGGAGUGCCGUUAUUGCUGAUCUGCACAAUACUGGAAGGACACAACUGCUAGACUGGCUGGUGAGGGAUCCGACAAGAAGGAAACACAUACUUGACCUCAUCCUCACCAAUCCACCUGUAGUAGAUGCAAUCUCCAAGACAGAAUUGGUAGGACAGAUUACCCGCACAGUCCUUUUGAAUAUAAAAUCCUGUCUUCUAAUUGAAAAUCCGUCCAUCAUGCUGGGAUACACUGCCACCAUGCUUUGUGCUCAAACAUUUUCAAUCUCAUAGCCUAGUAGUGAGUAUGGCAUCAAGGGGCUGUAGCAGAACUAGAGUGAAUGGUAGUUUGGUGGUUAGAACACAAAGGAAGGUGAUUAUGGUUGUUGGAGGUCAGUCACCAUAACUCCAGGACAUCUCUGUGCGAAUUCGUCAGUGGCCCAGCCAACUUUAGCUGCUUCAUUAAUGACCUUCCUGCUAUCAUAAACCCAGAAGUACAGAUAUUUGCUGAUGACUGCAUGAUGUUCAACACCAUUCAUGACUGCUCAGAUACUUAAGUAGUCCCUGUCCAAAUGUAACAAGACCUAGACCUUAUCAAGGCUUGGGCUGACAAUUGGCAAGUAAUGUACACAUAGCACAAGUGCCAGGCAAUGACCAUCUCCAACAAGACAGAUUCGCAUCAUCACUCCUUGACAUCCAAUGGUAUCACUACAGCUGAAAAUCACAUUGUCAAUAUCUUGGGGGUUACCAUUGACCAGAACCUGAACUAGACAGGUCAUAUCAAUAUGGUGGCCACAACAGCAGGUCAAAGGCUAAACAUCCUUCAGCAUGUAACUCACCUCCUGACUCUCCAAAGUCUAUCCACCAUCUACAA